AAUAUAUGUUGCUUAGCCAGAUAGACUAAAUAAUGUUUGGUCUGGCCAGUGACUGCAUGGAUGACCAUGUGAACUCAGCCUUACCCUUUGCUAAGAACUCGCUGUUUACUAAUAUUUUAAAAGGUAAUUUUCAAAAUUAUUGCACACAUUCACAUGUGCAAGUAGCUUAUAAUGCAGGUGUCAUAUUCUAAAGAUAUUAUACUAACACAUGGUGGAACUGUCACAUGAUGCAGGGCUUGUAUGUAUAUACCUGAUAUAGGUGUUAAGUACAUAGAUAUGACAUCUUGUAAACUGGUGUGUUAUUCCCCACAGAUGGAAGCCCAGUUCCCAGCAUCACACACAACAACAACAGCACCACAAGACAACAAUGACAAUAAACGUAUCUAUAUCAACAGUGGUUACCUGCAUACCAAUGAAGGCCGCCUCAAGUGUGCUCACCUGGUGAUUUGUAUUGUGGUAUUCAUCUGUACCAUGGCCUCAAACUUUCCUCGCAGCAACCCAGCCAACUGGUUAAGCUUUGUGUCUAUGGGUGGCUUCUGGACCUCUGCAGUACUUCUCUUCCUCUUUUUAAUCAAUAUAGUGGCACUCUUGUCCAUCAUACCCUGGCUAAUGCUGGAACUUGGCUACACAGUCAUAUGGACAUUCUUCUGGUUUGUUUGUGGCUGUGUUGCUGCUGACUAUGCAGUGAAAAGAAUCCUGGAGGUCACUGCUGCAGCGGUAUCCCUUGUGUCCAUCUCUCCCUAUGCAAAAAAUACUAUGCACGCAAAAGGCCCGAAGAUCUGGAAUUCAUUGCCAGAACACUCUAAAGGACCCCUGUCUGCAAAUCAGUUUAAGGCCCUACUAAGAAAUCACCUCAUCACACAAAAUUAACCAGACAAACUAUAUCUAAUCACUACCAAUUACUCAAAAGCUACUCACAUUGUGCUGAUAAAUGUUUAACCACUUACUCACUACUUUAAAAUUAGGAUGUCUAAAUUCAUUGCUUUAAAUAGUACUAAAGUGUAAUACAUCACAAUGUAAAUUUUUUUAAAUUGUUCCAUUGUAAUGCCAAAUUUCAUUGUUUUACAUAGUACUAAGCUGUAAUUGCUUUAACUUGUUCCAUUGUAAUACUGUAAUCUUUAUAAACCAAUUCAAUAGUGUAAUAAUUCUCUACUAGUCUUAUCAAAGGCAUGUAGCAUUACCUAAUAGAAUAUUCAAUUCUCUUGUACUUACUGUAACUCAUCUAAUGACCAUAUGAACUAUUAUUGCCUUCUUAAUCUUAAGUUAAUCUUUAAUUUUGCCUGAAAUGCUCUGUAUGCAAAGGGGCUUUUGGCAUGUACCCCUAACUAUUAUAUUCCUCUGUACAACCAUGUAUCAUGUCAAAAUGAACAUCUUAAUCUUAAGAUAAUAUUGAGUCAUAGAUGUAAGACUAGAAAAAUAAAUAUAUUUUAUAUCAAUGUUAGAGUGUGAGCAAUUUAACAUGAAGGGAUUCAGAGGAACCAAUUAGCCAGACUUAAGUUCUACACUCAGGAAGAAGGGAAGGGAUGUUGCAAUUUGGAGGGUCAUCGAAACUGUGAUUUCAGCACCCUUCUGACGAGACAGUGAAUGAAUGAGUGAUAGUGAAAGUGUUUUUUCUUUGUUAGGUCACUCUACCUCAGUGGGAGACAGCUGGAGUGUUAAAAAAUGGGGAUACGUUCUGAGAAAUGCGUUGUUAGGUGAUUUCGUCAUUAUGUGAACAUCAUAUGAUGUAGGAGGCGGCUGCCAGCAUAACAUGGCAUACAGUUUUACAGUAAAUUUUUUUAUAAAUAGAAAGAGUACACCCUAGAAUAACAAUAAAAAGAACAGUAUGUAUAGUGAAUACAUAAAACAGUAACAUAGUUGUUUGUUAUUAUCAAGUAUUAUGUACUGUACAUAAUUGUAUGUGCUAUGCAUACUUUUAUACGACUGGCAACGCAUGGAACCACCAUUGCAUAUGUGGUCAAUUGUUGAUCGAAACAUCAUUAUGCAGUGCAUGACUGUAAUUAUAAAAAUAGGUGAUGCGAAAUAUGCAGGACAACCACAGUGAAAGCAGUCAAUAGGUGCUCUUAUUACUUUGAUCCAAUCGGAUGAUAUCAGUUGGAUGUAUUUAGCGAACCCUUCGAGUGGUAUCUGAAACAAGGAACAAAUUACAUGCCUCUACAGAUAAUUUAUUAUUUUUAUUUUACUAACACAUCGGCCAUUUCCCACCAAGGCAGGGUGGCCCCAAAAAGAAAAAUUUCCAUCACCAUUCACUCCAUCACUGUCUUGCCAGAGGCAUGCUUACACUUAGUUAUAAAACUGCAGCACUAACACCCAUCCUUCAGAGUGCAGGCACUGUACAUCCCAUCUCCAGGAAUCAAGCCUGGCAUGCCAGUUUCCCUGAAUCCCUUCAUAAAUGUUACCUUGCUUACACUCCAACACCAUUUGCCUCCAUUUGCUCCUACAUGCUCAUGCACACUGGAAGUCUGAGCCCCUCACACACACACACACACAGAACCUCCUUUACAUACACACAGAACCUCCUUUACCCCCCUCCCUCCAACCUUUCCUAGGCCAACCCCUACCCUGCCUUCCCUCCACUACAGAUUUAUAAAGCUACAAAUGAUGAAACUUAAAAAUUAUUUAGUUCAAAGGUGUAGUCAUCAUGUAAUAAAAUCAAACAUUCUGCACCACAGACUCCUCUUUAGAGGUAGGUCUUGUGUAUAGAAUAUAAAUGUGAGGCUGAAAUAAAGAAACCAGGUAAUUUCAGCAAAACAGUUACCCUUUAAACAGCAUGUCCUGCUACUUUUGAUAUACUGUACUGAUAAUAUCAUGGUUGGUCAAACCUAAGUCCAGUAAACUAUAAUAUUUUAGGUAAAUUCUUUUGUGGUAGUAUAUUUACAAGCAAAGAAAAUACAGUGCUUUGUUCAGCUUUGAGUUGAUAAAAGUUAUGUUGUGUCAUUUAGUAACAACAACUGUUAUCGUAUAGGUAGUAGGUUGGUAGACAGCAACCACCCAGGGAGGUACUACCGUCCUGCCAAG